UGCAAGUAGCCUAAGGUGUCGAUUAUUAUUUUCUCCAGCAGUGCAAUUACUUUGGAGGAGUUGCUUCAAGCCGUGAAAUCAGUCACAGGUUGCACUGUUUUGCAGCGUCUCAGAGCGAGGGUCUUUGGUGAGAGCGGUUCACUGUCGCUGUCGGACCAGUUUGUUUACCUCAUUGUGCGUUGACAUUGCGUCGUCUGACACAUAGGCUAGACAUAAUAGAGCUUGAGUGCCUGAAUUUAAAUCAUUCUUGGCCGACUGUACAUGCAGAUUGCGUUUAGUUUAGCAUGGUCAAGCAAUUGUUAUAAAGGUUGUAGAGACCAAAGUGCGUGGGGAAAAAAUGGAGAGAGAAACGACAUCUUUGAAGCAGCAAUAUUGCUGCACAACUGUUAUGAACGUUAUCUCGUCUUUAUUCUCUGUAGCGUCCCUUGCCUUUUGCAUAUUAUUAAGUGUACAAACAUCAGCGAUCGCGGACAGGGUCCUGGAUUUGGAAACUGGACAUGGCGAGCAAAUCUUUCACAGGGUCCCCAGUUUUUCUGUGGAUCAGUUUAAUUCAUUGAUUCAAGAGAGAGUGGAUGAGCUCCUGUCACAGCGCUCCUAUGAAAAUUUAUCGAAGGUACGGAUUGCCCGACAAGUUAGCCAUACUCCUGAUUGCAACUGUCCCCCAGGCCCGCCAGGAAAGCGGGGAAGAAGAGGCCGGAAUGGCGAACCUGGACCUCCUGGUCCUCCUGGUCUUCAGGGUGACAAGGGGGAUCAAGGCGACCAAGGACCGCGGAUGGUCUUCCCUAAGAUCAAUCAUGGCUUUCUUUCUGCUGACCAGCAGCUCAUAAAGCGGCGGCUUAUUAAGGGAGAUCAGGGUUCGGCAGGUCCACCAGGGCCUCCUGGACCCCCAGGUCCCCCUGGCCCCCGAGGGCCACCAGGGGACACAGGCAAGGAUGGGCCCCGGGGAGUGCCAGGUCUGCCGGGAGAUCCCGGGACCCCAGGAGAGCUAGGACUAAUGGGACCUGAGGGGCCACCAGGACAAAAGGGUUCCCUCGGGCCUCCUGGCAUCCCAGGUGUUGAUGGGCUGAAGGGUGAAAUGGGAGAGCGAGGUGAAAAGGGUGACAUGGGAGAAGAUGGGCAAAAAGGUGAAGUCGGGGAGAAGGGUGAUGCAGGCUCCUCUGCUGCAGGCAUUAAGGGUGAACCAGGAGAGUCAGGACGUGGGGGAUCAAAGGGAGAGCCAGGACUUCCAGGGCUGCCUGGACUUCCCGGGAUUAAGGGUGAGCCUGGAUUCCUAGGACCUCAGGGAGAACCAGGGCUCCCAGGACUACCGGGAACCAAGGGUGAGCGAGGGGAAUUUGGCCCACCAGGCAAGGGAGAGCGGGGCGAGCCUGGACAGGCCGGUCAAAAGGGGGGGCCAGGAGAGGCAGGGAACCCAGGCCCUAGAGGUUCAAAGGGAGAAACAGGAGACAAGGGAGACCUGGGCUCUAUGGGACCAUGGGGACCCCCUGGGCAGAAAGGUGACCAAGGAGCCACUGAAAUCAUUGAUUACAACGGGAACAUCCAAGAAGCUUUACAGAAGAUUACCACUAUUACAGUGACGGGUCCCCCUGGGCCUCCUGGACUAUCAGGACCAGCGGGAAUCAAGGGAGAUCAAGGCAUGCCUGGCCUCCCUGGACUGGACGGUGAAAGGGGUUUCAAAGGUUCCAAAGGAGACAUGGGAAUCCCUGGCACAUCUGGAGAUAAAGGAACUGUUGGUUUACCUGGUUUACCAGGUGUCAAUGGAUUGAAAGGAGAUAAGGGUGAUUCUGGAAUGCCUGGUCCCGAAGGGCCCUCAAUUAUUGGCCAACCUGGAGCACCUGGGCCCCAUGGCCCCCCAGGCCCCAUGGGACCCCAUGGCUUCCCUGGACCAAAGGGGGAGGCUGGGAAUCAUGGUCUGAAGGGAGUACGCGGGGAGUCAGGGCACAAGGGAGACAGAGGACCCCUGGGCCUCCCCGGAGCCUCCGGCUUGGACAGCAAGCCUGGAAUUAGGGGUAUGGACGGGCCUGUUGGUUCCUCCGGUCCAGCCGGGCCAAAGGGGGACAGAGGUGAGAGAGGAGCUGCAGGUGAACUCGGGCCAAGGGGACCUUAUGGACUUCCUGGAGCGGCUGGAACACCUGGCCUUGAUGGGGAGAAGGGAAAGAAGGGGAAAAAAGGGCCUAAGGGGGAGAAAGGAGAACAGGGUGCCCCUGGAUUAGAUGCACCCUGCCCAUUGGGCCCAGACGGACUACCAAUGCCUGGUUGUUGGCAAAAGUGAUCAAUCUAACCCGAAAAGCAUGGUUUGUAAAAAAAUUAAUCUAAAAAAAAUGUUGUUGGGGUAUUUAUAAUUAUUUUUAAUGGAAAAUAGAAAAUAAAGAAAUCUAUGUGUACAAAGAGCAAAGGUCCAUCACUCCUAGCUGCUUCUACUCACCUCGCUCUGUGUCACUCUCACAUCUGCAUCUUGGAGUCCAGAUCUUUGGCAAUCGGCAGAACUUGCACACACACAAUGAAGUCCUUGCAUGACCAGAGUGCUCGGGCACAGAUUGGAACGAAAUGGCUAAUUGGGAUUCAAGGGGAGUAAGGAGGUUGUGACAACAGAGGAUGAGGAGAAGGAGGCGUUGGAGGGAUCUGAACUGGCUCUUAACAGCUCUAGCUCUCGCAUUCACCAUCCAUUAAUGCCAUACUACUAGCUUAAAAGACUCCAUCCCAACAAAACACCCUCCACACGCCCCAAAAAGCAUGAUGACUGUCCUAAACUAUAUUUAUAUGUAUUAAUAUACAUAUUUCAUUGAUGUGGUCGAAUUGUAUGGCUUCAGCAAAACACUAUCUGGCUGUCAAUCUUAACUACUCAAAAAAGAAAGCUCAACAUUUUUGGUUUUAUUUGUUUCUUUUUCUUUUAAUGUUCCAAAGGGAGUCACGCCUUGGCUGGUGGCUUGAAAAGAAUUGUUCCCCAGGAAGUAAAGUUGGGUUGAUUUUCUUUAUUGUGGUGAGAUCUGCAAUGGGUCAAUAGAUGCAGGUCUUCACAGAUGCACUUGUCUUGAGUCCCAGGGCCCUUUCCCUGUCAACGGCCACUUGUUAUUGAACUUGGAGAAGAGUGUUAGAGCUCAAUGCACUGUGCAUAGCCAAUCGGAAAUGAGCUAGGCUGACAAAGACAUCGGAUUGAACAGACUUGUUUGGGAUCCCUUGGAGUAGGGGAGACAGUGGGCCUCGGCGGAGAGAUUACAAUCAUCUCUCCUGCCAAUCAAGGAGUGCCUGCCUGUAACAAUGUUACAGUCACAACACUACAAGGUCAAGAGGGUCAAUGGAAUUCUGCCUUUUUAGUUGAAGUUUGUUCUUCUACUUACUUUUAACAAAAGUUUUAUGUAUAAUAGCCUUUGGUGCCUCAAGCUUUUGUUCAUUCCUUUCCUUUUUAACCUGCUUUGAGUAAUUGGAAUGGUGUUUAUUGCGGAAUGGCAACCUCUUGUAAAUUGUUGAAGUAUAAAAGCACCUAUUUUGCGCACUGUUAGUAUGUAUUGAACGUUGAUAUUACUGAGUGUUAAUAAUAUGGCAUGUACAUUAUGUAUUCAAAUGAACAUAAGCUUCUGUGUAGCAGAAAGGGAAUUUCAGUUGGUAGCAAAGAUGAUUACACAGCAUCAGCUUUUACACUGAUUUGCAAACACCAAGUUUUAUAAUAUUAUAAUAACACUUGUUCAUUGUUGGCCAUUAAGUGGAAAAUACAGUCGGUGAGUUACAAUGUGCUUCACUGCAAGUUUAUUGUAUCUUUACAUUUAAAUGCAGUGUUUAUUUUCAGCAAUAUGUCUGCAACAAUAAGAUUUUUGAACAUUUUGACCUGGUAAUUCAGUAUGGUACAUUUGCAGGUAAAAAUGCCUUUCGGAAAAAUGUAUAAUUUUUUACUAGAUAAUUAUUGUCAAAUGGCAGUUUGCCUCAACUGGAUCAUGUCUCCACCACAUGCAGCAUUCUUCCUUUUCUCUCUCUAUAUAUAUAUUUUUUUUACACAAUGUAAAUGGUGUAUUACAUGGACAGGCUCAAUAGGUAACACAUUUCAUUUCAGUUGAAUGGCCCUGCUUCCAUUUGUAACCCAUAAUUGUAUUCAUUGCCAUUUACAUCACAUUCCGUAGCAAUUUGGAAAGAAAAUUGAGCCUGUUUCUUAAUUUCAUAAUGUCAAGGAUGUCCUAAUUCUAACAAUGCCCUUAUGCACAGUGAUAUUUGAUGCAUAAUGCUAUUUGGAACAGUUAUUGUAUGAUUAGUAAUCAAUUAGUACAAUAUGUGCCGGUUUCCCAGACACAGAUUAAGACUACUCUUGGACUAAAAAGCAUUUGAUGGAGAAUCUCUAUUGAGCAUACUUUUUAGUCCAGGACUAGGCUUAAUCUGUGUCCGGCAAACUGACCCUCUAGCCCCAUUUAUACCUGGUUCUAACUUGCGUCCUUUGUCCUGAUCUUGUCCACAUUCUGAUUGUGCCCACAUUUUUUAAUAGGUGUAGACAAUCAAAAUUGUGAUCCGUUGUGAUCAGAUCAUCCUGCCAACCUCUGGAGGCGUUGUGUCUGGAUAUCUUACAAGUGUAGACAGAUCUGUACAGAGAGACCAUUUAAAUUGUAAAUUUUCCUGUAAAAUCAUUGACCGGUGGCACCAUUGAUUGAUUACAUCAAUAUGUGUCUUACAAUAAAUAAAUACAUAUUAUUUUUAAAGAAUAACUGUGAAACAAUUUUCAUAAAGGAAGGGGCCAGGAAAUCUGGUCACAAUGCAGGCACAGUGGGCGGAUAACAGACACAUUUUAAUACAAUGUGUAGACACAUUUCUGGAAAUGUGGGCACAAUCAGAACGUAGACAAGAUCAGGACAAAGGACCCAUGUUAGCACAAUGUAUAAAUGGGGCUUAUAUGUAAUAUCGGCACAUGUCCACUCUAUAAAACUGAUAUUUUUGUUGUUUUUGUGACAAGUUUGACCACUCCACCCCAACUGUACAGGGUUAUCAGCUAUGUCACAAAGUAAAUAGUAUGCGUGUGAACAGUAGGUCAUCUGUUACAGUGUGGUGUCAUUAUGGUGCUAUCAUCUUGUUAGAAAGAUCUCUAAAGAGUAUUAUCUAUCUAUGACAACCAUAAGACAGAGGUUUCUUUAUAAUUUUUAACAGUUUAAAACAUUUUGUGCAUAUACUUUUUAUAUUUGUCUCACUAUUUUAAGUGUUACAUUAUUUAUUUUUGUAUUUUUCUUAAAGAAGGCAUUUUGGUUUUUAACAGGCAUUCCUUAUAAAAUGGGGGUAGCUUUCGAAGGUCCUGAUACCGUUUUUUUCAGCUUUUGUCUAUUAUAGUGGUGCAUUGUCAUUGAGAUGUCACACAAGUACAUUAGAUGUGAAGGAAGUUUGUUGUCAUUAUCAUCAAAUUGAUGUAUUGGUCAGGUAUUUACAAUGCUAGUUCACUCCCAAUUUUGCAGGCCUUACCUUGGCAUGCAAUUGUAUUCAUAAAACAAGAAAGUGUUGAUGGGCUUGGCUAAAAUGUUGUCUGUCCCUGACAAGUAGCAUAAAUAUGAUAAUAUUGUUCUUUCUCUAUUUCUCUCUUUGCAUUGAAUGUAGUUUGAAUGUAGUAUGUAUAGUGAAUUAUAAAUGUGGAGUUUAAUAUCUGCUUAUUUGACAAAAGUGCAAUUUAUACUUUGGUUGAUAUGUGCAGCAUCAGAAUGCAGAUUAAUAACAGUUACAGACAUUUAUUAUCAGGACAAUAUGUUAGUCAAUUUGUUUCCCAUGAAAAGUACCACUUCACUGGCUUAGAAAAAAUACAAAUGUUUUGAUUGACAAGUUACAUUUUUAGUUACAAACUUGUAAAUAUAGACUUUCUUGUUAUCCAUAUUUUUAAGACUUGAUUUGAAUUGAUUUAUUGUAGCCUCAAUUGCUGUCCACAAAUCAUUUGCUCUUAAGUUGUUAGUAGUGUGAUAGAAAACAUAUAAUUUGUCUAUGAUUUGGUUUGUGUCUUCAGUUAACGUACAGCUGAUUCUUCUUUGUAUCUUUGUAUCUUUGUUCAAUUAUAUAUUAUGAAGUUACACACAUUUAAAGGCUGGUAGUGGAUGGUCCCCACAUAGUUGAUACACACUUCUUUAACCCACCAAGUACCAGGCACCCACUUUUCAACACCACUUUUUUAUUUAUUUAGUGGCAAAUUUACCAGAGCCUUUUUUCUGACAUAUAUACUGACAUUUCUUUUAACAUCCUCCUUACACUAUAGCCUAUUUCCCUUAGUGCAGUAAUGCAACCUAAUAGAAGCUGGAAAAGUAAAGAUAUAACUUCAAUUGAACAUAGUCUAAGUAUUCUACAACGUAAAUGCAAUAGCUAAGUCCAUCUCACAGCUUUUGAAUAACUUACAUUUCAUUUCUGUUAUGUUUUUUUUCCUAUUCUGCAUUUGUAUCACUCAUUUUUUACAAGUUUGCAAAUGAAUACAAUUUGCUUUCAGAUUAUGGAUACUUCUGCACGCAUUAUUUCAAAACCAUUUCAUAUGACUGUACUGUUGGAGCCAAAUAAAUGCAGUCUUUCAAA